CCUUGUACACGGUAAGUGCCUCGUUGUCGCUUGGCAGCCUCAGCGCUUCAGCUGCAUUUCCACAACAUCCACAUCUGUUCAACCUCAGGUAAUUCUUGCACCUAUAUCACUCUACGACUUACUACGCAGAACAUCGUUUCACGACAUCUGCAUCAGUAUCUGCUAUAAAAGAUCCAAGUUACAAAUUCGCCUUCUAUCCUUGGAUCAGCGUCCUGAAUUUAUCUCGCAAUCUGUGUUACAAUAAUCAUCGUCCCCUUGUUGAGGAGUCAAUUUUUUGGAUAUGUCUCAAGGAGGUUGGGAGAAGUUGGCUCAGGUCACUGUCAAGGGCGCUGAACAUGACUCUCGUGAACGCUUGCCCCAUCCCCACUGUUUGGAAGGGACCCGAGUGGUCCUCCUCAACCACAUCUACGGGAAAUUGGAUGACAAAUCGAAGAAUCGACUCAUUUGGCUCCAUGGUACAGCGGGCGUCGGAAAGUCUGCUGUUGCAUUUACUGUGGCCGAAAGGAUGAGAGCUCUGAAAGUGACAGAGGAGACGAUUAUCGAGAAGCGGCUCGCAGGAACAUUCUUUUUCUCGCGCAAGCACACGAAUCGACGCACAACUGCUCGUUUCUUUGCGACGCUUGCCUAUCAGCUGGCCAAUAAUUUCCCCAGCGUCAGGACGCAUGUUAAUAAAGCCAUCCUCGAGAACCCUGCUCUUCUACAUCCUGAUGGGUCUCUUCGCGACCAGAUGGAGGCGUUGUUUUCCCGACCUUUGCGGCAGCUCAAAUACAGACUGCGCGAUUGUCCGCCUUUGGCGUUCAUUAUUGAUGCCCUUGAUGAAUGUACAGAAUCCCUCGACCAAUCUGCACCGGAAUCCCUCGACCAAUCCGCAAUUGAACCCUUCGAUGAAAACAAAUCCGAAGUUGAGCUUGCUGAACUCAUCUCCUUACUUGCCCAAGCUCUUCGAGAUCCUGAUCUGCCUGUGAUCCACAUUCUAGUUACAAGCCGCUCAGAAGCGUAUAUUCAUGAAGCCAUGCAACAAGAAGAUGUGAGCCCGCUGGUGUGUGAGAUACCAGUGAAGAUUUCUGGACAGGGCGUUGCUGCCACUAUCUCGCUAGACGGUGCAGAUGUCGAUGAAGACAUUUAUCUUUUCUUGCGGCAUUCCUUCAAAAAACUGCAAAGUCGCAUCCCCACUUUCCCGCAGCCAACCAAGAUUCAACUCGAGCGGCUAGCGAAUCGAGCGGGGAGACGUUUCAUCGUGGCAUCUACCAUGAUGAAGUUUAUCGACGAUCGAUAUAGUGACCCCUACAACCGUCUUGAGCUCAUGCUCAAACUAGCGAGUGACCUGCUUCCAGGAACCGAGGUGUACAAGUUAUACGACCGUAUUCUCUCCACAUGUGCCGACCCAGCGCAGGCAUACCUCCACCUGUCCGUUGUUGCUGCCCUUGCAGAUCCCUUGCCAAUGUCUCAAAUCUCGAAACUUCUUGGCCCUGGUCAGGGCAGGGAUGUCGAAAGAGUGCUGGUGCAACUACGGUCUGUUAUAGAUGUUCCCACCGAUAACAGUCUUCCUGUGAAUAUCUAUCACUCGUCCGUUCGCGACUAUGUUUCCCAGCACUCUAACUGCAGCCUCCCUCAAGUGAAAAAUAUCACGUCACCGCACUCCCUACUCGCACUUUCCUCUCUCCACUUAAUGGUGCGCGAGAUUCCAGAGAGCACAACCAUCCUCGACGCGCUCUCAGAAUUGAAGAAGCAGGAUAAAGCCAUGGAAUCCGACGACCCUCGGAAUUUAAAUGGCUCGUUAUCCUUCAUGAUCCAGCCACCAGAGCCACUGCAAGUUCUUACAGCUUUAAUAUGGCUUCGGGGAGAUCACAGGUCAAAGUUACAAAACUGGCUAGCAACCCUAGAUGGGAAUGCCUGGUUGCAAACUCGAGAAGGGAAGUCCUGGAUGUUCACCGAGAGAGGGGAAACGGGCUGGUUGCUCACCCAGGGGGGCAAGGACUGGCUACAGACCCGCUUGGGGAAGGAUUGGCUACAGACCGUCAGCGGGGAAGACUGGUUGCGGAUUGAGGGUGGGCAAGUGUGGCUACAGACUGAAGGAAGUCAAAGCUGGUUGCAGACUGAGGACGGGCGAGUGUGGCUAUGCACAGAGGGAGGUCAAAGCUGGUUGCGGACUCGGGGUGGGCGAGCAUGGCUACAGAUUGAAGGAGGUCAAAGCUGGUUACAGACUGAGGAUGGGCGAGCGUGGCUAGAGAUCGAAGGAGGUCAAAGUUGGUUGCAGACUGAGGACGGGCGAGUGUGGCUAUGCACAAAGGGAGGUGAAGCCUGGUUGUGGACGGAGGGGUGGGCGAGUGUGGCUGCACACUGAGGGAGGUGAAGCCUGGUUGCGGAUGGAGGGUCAGCGAGUGUGGCUACACGCCGAGGAAUUUCGAAAUUGGUUGGAGACUGAGGGUGGGCGAGGGUG